AUGGCACCACUCGCCACUAAUGUCGCGGUACCACUCCAGCGAGCCAUCUGGUCGCGGACACAGUACGCAACGUGCAAGCUGACACCGCUCAACAAGGCGCUGGCCGACGCGCUGUACAGGGCCAACUAUAUCACCUGGCUGACCGAGUCGGGGGCGCACCGGCCCGACGCCAGCCUGCUCGCCCAGUUCUCCCCCGAGGAGCUGCGCGCCAUGCACAUUGCCCACACGACGAGCCGGCACAAGCGCCAGCUCUGGAUGGGCCUGCGGUACCGCGACGAUGCCUGGAAGCGCGACAAUGGCUGGUGGCUCGAAAAAGAGGUCCCCGUCGCCAAGACCAUUCUGGGCAAGAGCCAGCGCCAAAAGACGGCGCCGCUGGUCUGGUCGGCCGCCGAGGUUGCGCGUCUUGUACGCGGAGAGGCCCUCGGCGAGGACAUGUGGCGCAAGGGCCUCUCCGAGGGCCAGGGCGUGUUUCUCAAGAUUGAGGACCCGGAUGAUCGCGGACCGGCGCACCGCUUUGGCAAGGUGGAAGUGCUGGAGAGUAGGGAGGCGGCCGAGAGGGGCGUGGGCGGUUCAGUCGUGUGUCGAGUGUGGCCGUUUAGGAAACGAGUGGUUGACGAGGAAACGACCAGUCAAGAUAAGUUUGAGGAGGAAGAGCAAGCAUUGGCCGAAGAGGCCAUGACUCAACAAACAAGGUGA